GUCUUUUUGCAGCACGCAAUUCAAAAUGUCGGACGCACGUGAAAAUAAAAUAUCAAGAAAACGUAAACUAAAUACUCCAAAUAAAGACGAAAGGAAAGCAAAGAGUCCAAAAAAGAACCAUAGGUAUGAGAGAAUUAUCGUUUUGAGGAAGUGCUAAGGCAAAAAGCUUAGACAGUAAACAGGACAGGCGUACAAAGAUUUCAAAAAUACAAUAUCAUACAUGAUACAUAGAUAUACAAAGUCGAUAGAUGGUUUAUUAAUUGCUACAUGCAACCAGUAAGGCUAUGGAGUGUUUGUACUCCAAAUACAAGCCAUGGCAUUGGCCAGGAUUUGACCUAAUGACUUACUGUGCGAAAUAGAGAGGUUUCUAUAAAACGACUAGGAUUAAAACGAUCCAAGAAGUGAGAAUUUGCUUGAAAUCCAUUAACAUUUACAUUGUUAACUUACUGAAAGAAUGGAGAAAAUAAUUGUGUCUGACAAAUAAAUAUUUACAAAUUAGGUCAUCCCAGUAAAUAUCCCAAUCUCGUUCCCCAAGCCUGUGAUCCUCGGGGAAAGAACGUGAGGCUCUGGGAUAAUCCAUUUCAGGGAGGAAUCUGAUUGGUCGUUGAUAUGGAAUGCACAGUUCGGUCUUAGCCAGGAUUCCUGGCUUCCGGCAACGUAUUAUCCCAGAGCCUCGCAUUCCUUGCCGAGGAUUGCAGGCUCGGGGAACGAGAUUGUAAACACCCAUACUCCCCCACUAGGAAAUUCACUAGGAAAUUGGAAGUUAACCCUUCUACCCCCUUUGGAUGCCCUAAUGCCCUUACUAUUCUAAGAAACAAAUUUUACUCCUCCAGACAGCAGGAAUUUCCUCUGUGAGGGGAGUAUGGAUCCUUUCUGGAAUGACCCAUUGAGAUCCCAAUUAGUAUUCACAGCAUAACUUUUAAUUUAGCAACUUAUAUAUCUCCACAUGUCAUAUGACUUGUGUUAUAAUAGCGUUGUUCAGACUGCGGCAAAUGAUGAGGAAGACUUUCCACGAGGUGGUGCACACCCUUUGACUCCACUGGAAAUAAGACAAGCCAAGAAUGAGGCAGAGAAGGACAUCUUGUUUGGGGUAGUUGUUUAAUUCAUCUAUUUUAAAUGGUCUACAAUCUUGAACUCAAAAGUUUGGAAAAAUUGUGUACCCAAAGAUUUAGAAAAUUUAACCCUUUAAGUGACAAUGUGGCCUAAUGCAUCCUACUUUAUUAAGUUUUACUCUGUCUAACACCACACAAUUUUACUCAUCAAGGGGAGAGUGCUGCCACUCAAUGGGUUAACAGUAGUGGCUAAUAUCUUGCUUGUCUAUGCUGGGCCCAGUCCCAGACAUGUGAGGGAAGUUGGGCAGUUUGAAACAUGAUCUGGAGUGCUAAAAAGUUAAAAAUCUAAGUGCAGGUGUGCAAAAUAGUAGCCUAAAUACAUGUUAAAAACAAUGAAAGUUAGAAAAUUAGAUAGGAAAAAUCAUUACUUUCGUUAGCACCCAUUAUAAGCAAACCUAAUAGUUAGUGUCUUAAACUUAGGCCAUAACUUCUUCUGGUAAAUCAAAGGUGAAAUCAAAGAGAAAAAGACAAUCUGUUAGUGAUUCAAAGCCAUCUGUGGUUAAUGAAAGUUUUCUUCAUAUGCCAAUUUCAACAGAUGUUAAUGUUGACAACCUUACAUUUAAGGUAAGUAUAGCACUUUGAGUAUCACCCCUAUUGAUAUUGUAUUUUUGGGGAGGGUGUUGAAAAUGCUCAAGUGAGGUGUCAGUGUUACCCCUAGAAAAUCUUCCUACUGUAUAAAUGUUUUUUGUUAUAUGCUUCUUCAUUUAUCCAUAAUUAUGACUUUUGAUGGUAGGUGCAAAAUUAAAUUCAAUACAUCUGGGAAAUUUGGAAAGCACUUUCUUAUUAUUCAAUGCUAAAUUUUCUCUAAUGCCAAACUAAUUAACACAUUAGAAGCUUUUAGUUUUAUAUGGAAUAUAAAGAAAGUUUUCCAUGUGAUAUUUACAUCAUAAUGUAUGUAUGUGACUUAACAUUUAGAAACUUUCAAAAGGAGUUUUAUUGCUUGGUGUUGUUGAAGAGGUAUUUGAGUUUGAGAUGGUGAUAAGUUUGGCGAAUAAUUUGAGUGGUUGUGUACACAUCACUGACAUCAAUCCCGCAUUCACAUCACUUCUUGAACAGGAGGAGGAAAGUGGUGAAAAUGACGAGGUGAAAUGUUUUACCGUGUUCCAUAAUAUAUCAUACCAUAAUUUACCAUACCAUGUCAUAAUAUACCCCACCAUACAAUAUCUCAAAUAUAUAAAGCCAUGUUAUUCCGUAAUAUACCAGACUGAGUGAGUAUACCAUUCGGAUAUUAUUUUUCAUUUAUAUUAUGUUGCACCAGCUACCAGGUUAUAUCAUAGCAUGCCAUAUGAUAUCAUACAUGUACCAUAUCAUAUCCCACAAAUGUACCAUGAUGAUGGCAAAAUAUUAGACCAUGAUGAUGACAUGAUGAUUGCUCUGAAGAUGUUGUAUUGUAAACAACGAAACAUUAGCUAAUAAAUUUUUCACUUUUAUUAUGUUUGGUUUUAAAGUUAUUUGCUGGGCCCUGCUCUUUAUCUUUAAACAUGAUGAUGACAUUUAGGUUGUACACCAUACCAUGCAAAGUUUGCAAGAGAUCAUUACUACAGCAACUUGCCAGAUUACAGUUUAUGAUGCUCCACAUACCAGACAACAUACCAAACCAAUAUACUAAUGUGUGAUACUAAGUAGUCUUUGCCAUAUAUCAUUACAUUCCUAACAGAGAUGUUUACAUGUUUCCACAUAAUUGCCAAAUUAUAUGCCAUACAAUGCCUUAAAUACAUUACAGUGCCAAAUACCAUGAAACUAUUUGAAGUUACUACCAUAUCAUAGUGUACCAAACAGGAACCCAAGCAGAAAUAUGUUACUAUGUGUGUUAUGUACUUAUAGUAGUAAAAUUACAAAUCAAUGCACUCACAAUACUUAUAUAUAAAUAGUAAAUACAAUUUCAUUGUUACAUUUUUGUAGCCCGAACAUCUGACCAAUAAACUACAGAACUAUUUUCCAGUUGGUACCUUACUAAAAUGUGUGGUGGUUUCGACAGACUCCAGUAAACAUGGCCACAGUAAGAUCAGAUUAUCCAUCAAUCCAGAAGAUGUAAAUAGUUCAAUAACUCCCAAUUCUAUCUGUCCCAAUAUGUUAAUGUCUGGUUAUGUAACAAGCACAGAGGAUCAUGGUUAUGCUUUGUCUGUUGGGGUAAAAGGCGUGCAAGGGUUUUUACUCAAGAAAAAUGUCACUGGUAUGUUUGUCAAAAGCACCAAGCACUGAUAUUAGGGGUGCACCACAGCAAUAUUUUCUGAAAGUAUCAGUAAUAUAACAAUUCACACCACCGCCAAUUCUUUGGUAGGCUUGUAAUCUUUUUUUUCAGGCAAUUUAUGAUAGUCUCUUCAGACUUGUAGUCAAAAAAUUUCUACUACAAUGUAAAACUUUGAGCAGUGCAGCAUUGACCUAGGUGAAGAAUAUAAUAUUGUACUUGGAUUUUAUGACAGUCACAAGUUGAAACAAAAAGUUUACAGUAUUUUAUCUUAGCCUACUGUUUUUAAGUGCAAGGUUUCAAUGUACAUAAUGUUGAACAAGAUUAAGUACCUGAAAAUAUAUAUUUGAUGUUUUGAACAAAGAGCUUUCAGACAAAACAACGAAGUUUUCUUUUCUCAAGAAAUAACUUCCUUUACAACAAUUCUGUUCCAAUAUUGAAGUACUUCUUGGAAGUAACCUUUUCGACCUGCAAAAUGUAGGCAUACUGCGUUAUUUUUGAAAAAGGAAGUUAUUCACUCCAUUUCAGAGAAGCUACAUAUUGGUCAGGUGUUGGAUUGUGUUGUCACCUCCACAAGUUCUGAUAAACGAAUGGUUCAGUUGCAGAUUGACAAGAAGAAAUGCAAAACUACACUUGUAAGUGAUCAAUAUUAACGUUCUUGUCACAGAUCUGUGGAUUGUGGAAUUUUAUACACAGUGAUUUUGUUUUUUUAAAGACGACUCAAAAAGAGAAGAUUGUGUUUUCUGGCUUGUUGCCCGGAAUGCUGGUUAAGACGACCGUAAAACAGGUAGGAUUUUUAUUUUCUUUUUCUGCAGUUAUUUAACCUACACUGAAUACCUCAAAUGAUAAUCUGUUUCUCACAGGUGAACUCGCAUGGUGUUGUGGUGUCAUUUCUCGGUGGUUUUGAUGGAUGUAUAGAUCUUCUUCAUCUCGCUAAGCAUGGUGGGAGUGGAGAUGUUGAGAAAACAUACCCUGUUAAAACCAAGGUAGUACUGAAAAAGUGGUGGUUAAUUACAAGGGACGGGAUAGUGAUUUUUCAAGCUCUCUCAAAUUGUUGAUUAGUGUAACCCAGAUUACACUUUCUUUUUAUUAAUUCUGAGGUUCAAUUCCACUUUCUUUUUAUUAAUUCUGAGGUUCGUAUCCGUAGUUUUAUAGCUUUUAGAGCAUUUUUGCAACGGUUGAAAAAAUCCUUAUCCGGUGGAUAUGGAUUCGGCAUUUGUACAAACUAAAACUCUCCUACGCAAAGGCUUCUGAGGAGAAAAAUCGAAGGAAGACCACAAGCACACUCCUCAGCAGUUCGUCGCAUAAAAGUACGGAAAAUCACGGAAUAACUCACGGAAAAAUACACGGAACCUCUGCGGAGGAGAGAGCCCCUACACGGAACCUCUGCGGAGAAGAGAGCCCCUACACGGAACCUCUGCGGAGGAGAGAGUCCCUACACGGAACCUCUGCGGAGGAGAGAGUCCCUACACGGAACCUCUGCGGAAGAGAGCAGGGGACACGGAACCUCUGCGGAGGAGAGAACUCCUGGAACCUUACUUUAUAGGAACCUCCCAAGAUAAGUUGAAUAUAAUUGAAACCAAAGUUGGUGUUUUUCUAAGGUGCUUUCCUACGGCUUAUAUGUACUGGUACAUGUUUUUUUUAUAAACAAACAUGCUUUCAAACAGUCGUUAAAAAUAAAAGAUUGAUUUUUUUAUGCAACACGAUGACGAUCAUUUUUGAUUUUGGAUGUUGAUAACCAUGUUAUCGUUCUUUCUUGUUUUGGGGGCGGACUGUUGUUAAAACGGUUACGGUCUAGCAUUAGAGUAUCUUUGAUACCACUAUAAAGCAUAUUAUAUACGUUGUCCUAUAGCCUACAAAUUUUGUGAAGGAUAGUCGAUCUUUUUAUUACAGAUUAUAUGUCGGAUAACAUACAUCUAUCCGUCAACCAAGACUGUUGGCUUGAGUAAUCUCGAGCAUUUGGUCAAUGGCGAACCAUUCAAUUUCUCAAGCUUGACUAUUGGAGAUAUUCUUGAAGAAACAGAUGUUAUACGACUUGAUCAAAGCAAGGGUCUACUUCUCCACUUGAAUGACGAGAUUUCAGGAUAUGCACACGUUAGUAUUGGCACUGCAAUUUGAUUCUUCAUUUAUUUCAUUCGCGAUGUUUUUAUUCAGACUAAAAAUCCAGUGUCGACCGCAGUACAAAUAUAAGAAACCAUUAUUGUGUAAUCUUGAUGCUCAGGUCAAGCAUUGGUAAAAACACUGGUGAACACUUCGUGAAAUAUUGGACAGUUGCCAACAUAUGAUCAUCUUUUAUAGUUUUUCUCUAAAUUUCACACAAUUAUUAGCCUAUCAAUGCUUUCAUGGUUGAAAAGUUAUUGUUACAACUUUGUUACACAGUUAUUCAGCUACCAUUCAAAUGCUUAAAAAAUUGUUGGGGAGUGAGGGGGGGUGGGGGGGCGGUUGCCACACUCCCGCUAGUGGCUUAGUGUCCGCCACUGAAAAACACUUGUUUCGAGCAUAUCUCCUUCAUCAGUAAUGUGGCUCAUUUUUGCAGAUCUCUCGGUUGUCAGACGAAAAAGUGACGAAGAUUGACAAACAUUUCAAGGCUGGAACUAAACACAGGUUGUUGCAUCAUGUUAGGGACGGACCGUUAGAAAUGUGAUGGGAGAGUGGGGAAUUUUCAGUUUGCAGAAAUUGCUUGUAAAUAAUUGCUUGACCUGCACGUCUGCUUGUCAAAAUUGGGGAAUUUUAAAGACCUUUUUAUCUUCAUCUCUGCAUGAUUUUUUUCUUCCUUUUAUCUCGCGCGAAUUUCUUUUGUUUUUUUCCCCAAACCCUCACUUUUCUAAUGGUUCGUUCCUUCUUACUGCAGUAUUCUUUUAGUUGUUAUCACGUUCCAAAGCAAACGCUUAAUGUGUAUUUUCCACUCCUUUAGUUGUCGAAUCCUUGGUUUGAACUCCAUGAUUGGUUUGGCAUUGGUUACAUUGGAAAAGUAAGUUUAAUAUUAAUCAUGGCAACUUAUGACGUCACAUAUUAUGUCAAAACUGAUAUAACGAUUUAGCCAAUCACAACCAUGAAUUCUUUUAAAUAAAUAAUAAUUCGCUACAUCUGCUUGUUUAUCCCACACAGAUCUGUCCUUGAGCAACCGUUCAUCAGAUAUCAAGAUAUUAAACCUGGAGUUGUUGUCAGUGUAAGAAUACUUCUUCAUAAAUCCACUAUAGCGAAUGCAAGAGUUCAUGCUGAACUUACUGCUUUAUUCAUGAUAUUCAGGGAAAAAUCCAAAGUUUGUUAAAGUCUGGUAUGUUGGUCGCGUUGUCUGAUCACAUCCGGGGAUAUUGUCAAUCUCUUCAUUAUGCUGACGUCACACUUAAACAUCCGGAGAAGAAACUACACGAAGGAAAGAAUGUGAAAUGUCGAGUAAGAAACUGUAGUUGUAAUGAAUAGAAGAUUCAAAACAAGGUAAUAGAGAGGUUCAGAACUGACUUCCAUUACCUCUCGCUUGCUUAAUACGCAUUUGAUUGGUUAGUCGGGUAGAUUAAAUGCAUUUGAUUGGUUAAUCGGGUAGAUUCAAUGCAUUUGAUUGGUUAAUCGAGUAGCUUAAAUGCAUCUGAUUGGUUAAUCGGGUAGAUUCAGUGGUAGCGGUAGUCAGUGGUCAAGUCAAAAUCUGAACCUCUUUAUUUUCCUCAUGUUUUGCACAGGAAUGAAUUUGUCUUUGAUCUUGAUCCCAAUCACAAACUCUAACCUUACUGUGCGCAAAUGUCUUAGUCAGAAAAAGGCAGUCUGAAUUAUUGAAGCCGGUGGCUAUAACAUUAGAGACGCUCAUUCCGAUCAAUCUGAGUGCGAUAAAUUAAUGAGACACUUAACAAUUUCUACUGAUAAAAGUCCUUUAGAGGACGUCGUGAAUAUUUGUAUUUAUCUCUUAGGUUCUCGAAGUGGAAGCAGAAAGAAAACGUCUUCGCUUAACCCACAAAAAAACCUUAGUCAACUCCGAGUUUCCAAUCAUUACUAGUCUUUCCAAAGUUGAAUUAGGAAUGAAGACACAUGGUUUCAUAACAUCAAUACGAGACUACGGCUGUAUUGUUCAUUUUUAUAAUAAUAUCCAUGGCCUUGUGCCCAAAGCUGAACUAGGGUAAGUUCUUUGUUUGGUUCUGGCAAGUCUGUCAGACUUGAUUCAUAUAGCUGUAAAUUCGUAGCUGCCUGGUGUUGUACUGUUAUUACCUGAUUACCAAAUACGUUUCCUUACAAAAUUUUAAUUUUGCUUAAAUAUCAAUUCUCCAGUUUAAAAUCUAGUGAAGAUCCUAGCAAUGCUUUCUACGUUGGUCAAGUGGUCACCUGUGUUGUUAUGUCAUGUUCACCAGCGAAACAAAAAUUGUCUCUAAGUUUUAAUGUAAGUUAUGGCAAUUUUUAACCUUUCUCAAUCUAGAAGAUCUCGCUAAUUUGAGGACCAAGAGGAAAGCACUGAAGCACAGGAGAUCUGCAACUCUAUAUAUACUUAUAUAAGUUUUCAUAAGAUUUCAAGAACAUCAAGUAUUCAGGAUGCGAUACUUCGAGAUUUUUGGUCGUAUCUAACUGGUACGCCAAUGAUUAUUGCCGCGUACUUGCGCUGGUACAAACUCAAUACACAAUGUGUACUUAGUAUUUAAAAUAAAGUACAGGUUUCUGAAAGGUAUUCAAACUACGAGGUAGAACAAGGAGCACAAUUGCAUAUACAGACAAUCGACUUCAACAUUCCUGAUAAGUCCAAUCAUGUUUCAUGCCAAGACACGUACUCCAGCCUUGAGUGUUAGCAAGGUGGCGGUGCUUUUCCAUUGAUUACAGUAUUGUAUGUAAUGAUCUGUUCUUGUCUUUUUAGUCAUCGGCUGUGCCAUCAUCGCCCACUUCAAAACCGCUCGCCCCAGGAACGGUAAGAAAUAUAUUCUAGGUGUUAAAUAAAUUCUCCCGCGGAACACAGUGAAAACAUGGAAACCUUAUAAAACAGGAAUGAUUGACAAACCCUAGCACAUGUCCAUCAAAAUUCCAUGGGCGUAUUUAUAAUACAAAUUUCGGCAAUGUGAUUGGCUUCGCGCGGUCAAAUUCGCUUAGUGAAAAUGGGCUUUUAUUUCCAUAGUUCGUUGAUGUUGAUGUUGUUGGAAGGACGGAAUCGGGACUGGAUGUUCAAAUUAAACCAAGUAACACACCUGCCUUCUUACCGCUGGCUCAUUUAUCAGACAACUUCAGUAAUUGUGGUGCGCUACUGGAAGUUUUCUCCCCUAAUCCUGGGGGAAAUUCUGAGUUGACGUCUUUGAGUAAUAUCUUGUCUUAUGGACGGAACAAAGACAAAUCAUUGGUAUCCUUUGUAAAACCAACUUGCGGUGGUGGGGGGUUUGGGGGGGGGGGGGGCGAAUUUAGGUUGACCCUCGUGCUUAGAACUACGAAAACCUGGGAUCUAUUAUGUUCAACAUGACAUGAUUUAGAGGUUGUUGUAUUGGUUUCAUGUUGAUUCCUUAAGUCCAUGCAAAGAUUGUUUCACGCAAACAGUCGUUGAUAAAGAGAGCUACAGAAGGCACCUUAAUCAGGCGGUUUGAUGAUUUGAAUGUAAGUCAUGCUUGCAUUUUACAUACUGUUACUAUACACUAUACAUCCUUUUUUUUUCUGCAACAGUAACUAUAGCAGUAACACUGUAAGUUAAUUUUAGUCAUAUUUUCUUUUCCAAUGUUUUUCUUCUGAUUCUUUAAAGGUUGGAAUGAUUCUUCCUGGUUUCACGCGACAACUGAUGCCAUACGGUGUGUUUGUUGAAUUCUCACCAAAUACGUACGGCCUCGCUCCAAACUCCGUAAGUAUACGCGCAAUGAAGUUUCGACUUCGUCCCCAGGAUCUUUUCUGAGAAUGCGAUGAAAGCAUUCGCAGAGAAUGCACGUGAAAUGUGUUGUCUAUGACCAGUUCUGACUUUUCCUUUUCAAUCUUCUUCAGCUUCUAUCAAAUAAUUACAUCGCUGAUGCUGCACAGCAUUUUGAAGUCGGACAAUCAGUUAUGGCUAAGGUAUGCUCCAAAACAGGUCCCCCCUCCCUAGUAGGUAGAUAUUAUCUUGUUAAAAUAUUCAAAACUUAGUAUAAAAUUCUGAGCUGGUAAACCACUGGCUAAUAUCGUAGAUCAUUGACCAACUUGCUCAAUUCCUCUUUCACAGAUAACCGAGAUAGAUCGUGAGCGUCGUCGGUUAUUGGUCAGCUUGAAAUCAUGUGACUGUUAUCCUGACCAAUCGGAUGAGUCAAAGGAGAAAAGAGACAAGCGUAGUGUUGAUUUACUUGUUGACUUUAUUAAAGAACGGGAUGAAAUAUUAGAAAGUUUGCGUAUGAGAUCAAGUGAGUUGAAUUUUCCCCAAGUUCAGUAGUUUCUCUACCUGGGGCCGUUAUGUCAAGCUUUCUUAAAUUAGCCAUUAAUAGUUAAUAUAAUUAAAACUUGAUAUUUGUUAUUGAAUUAUAUUUCGGGCUCCAUAUGCAUAGUUUCACACAUUUGGUUGAAAAAAGUCACGAUCCGGUGGAUUUACCAUGGAUAGCGCUAUCCGAUCGGCUUCCUACAACCUGAAAUAAGAGGACACUAGGCUUGUUUUAAAUGAGCCAUAAUUAGUUAUUUCUUGGAAAUAAUUUUAAUUAUUUUUAUCUUAUUUCAGAAGAUACAAGUACCUUCAUUGACGUUUUACUAGGUUCCAUUGUGCCAGGCAAGGUAUGUUUCGCAUAAUUGAAUCAUUCCCCGAUGCCAGCCAAUUCAUGAACGUUUUCGGGUAACGUCUGGAUGUAAACAAAUUAAACUACAUAUUUUCUUUAUGUUCCACCAAGUGCAGUAUUAGUACAUUAAAAUGAAGACAAUCAACAUUAUAUUCUUACUCUAACAGAGUAGGGAUGAGCCGAUAAGGAAAAUUGCCGAUUACUGAGGCCGAUUAUAUUAUAAGCCGAUUAUCGUAACUAAUCGGCCGAUUAAUCGGUACCCGCCGAUUAUUUUGAAAAGCAAGCGAAAAAAUCACAAGAUGACCAACAAUGAAGUUGUAAAUGCGGUUUUAUUGUUUACAAUACACAUUAUGUACAAUUGAAAACAGCUUCAAUCUUGCAUGUCAAUAGUCCAUAUGCGGAGCUAGUUUGCUGUGUUUUCAGUGGAAAUGUUCCCAGCUUCACUUCGCUCGAGACAAAAGACACAGGUUUUGCAACAAAAUGUGAAAAUCUAUUCGCUUGUAUUCAGUAUUUUAGCAUGUGCUUGGCAGCUGCAGAAAAAGUCUUCUGGCCGAUUAUUUGCCGAUUAUCAAGCAAUCGGCCGAGGUUCAGAUUUGACUACCGCUACCAUUAAGGGACCAUAAACCAAUCAGAUGCAUUUGUGCUAUCUGAUUAACCAAUCAGAUGCGUCCUAGGCCAGUGAAAGGUACAAGUCAAAUUUGAACUUCUCUAAUAACUGCCUGUUGGCCACCAUCCGCUGCACGUUAGUGCUACAACAGUAAAACCCGCCAGUACACAAGAGCCAUGCACUGCUAUUUGAUGCAUUUUUUUGCCUGUUAGGUUUCAGCGAUUAAAAAUUCUGGUGUAACGUUUCUUCUUGAAAAUGGGAUCGAGGGAUUUGCACCGCCACAGUUGACUAAAGGUAAAAAUACUUACUAGAUAUAUUAUUAUAUAUCUAUAUAUUGAGAGCUAGGUAAUACAUGGCUUUUAUACAAACAAAGUAUAAUUGUGUAAUAAUAAUAUUUAUCGAAAGCCUUGUGAAGUGAAUGUAUAUGUGGUGAUUUGUGGUGUUUUCUAAAAAAGAGAGUGAACACUUUCCAAAUUUACUCGAAUGCACACGAAACAUUGACCACGAAUGUUAAUAUUAUAAUAUUAAUAUAUUAAUAAACAUUGACCACGAUAAUUUUAGUUAUAUUAGAAUGUUAGGGUUUGUAAUCCAAGUGAGAAUACAUACAUUUUAAGACCUAACCAGGAACGACUGAGAAAAAUGCAGCACAAGGUCCUCUGGUAGGAAUUGAACCUACGGCCCUGCGAUUUCGGUGCAGGGCCGUAGGUUCAAUUCCUACCAGAGGACCUUGUGCUGCAUUUUUCGCAGUCGUUCCUGGUUAGGUCUUAAAAUGUAUGUAUUCUCACUUGGAUUACAAACCCUAACAUUCUAAUAUUAAUUCCACCAAGUGAAGUCCAAGAAUCCAAAUUAUUGAAGUCCAAUUUUAGUUAUAGUUGUCAUUGUUUGCUUCAACCUUGAAUCGUCGUCUCGUGUACACUCAAGCAAAUUCGGGAUAUACAUCAGGAUUUGGGGCAUCUGAACUCGAUAUAACUAAUACUGUACUAGAAAAAAAUUUCGACUCUGAAUUUUAGGGCUGCAGGUUCGAUUCCUGUCAGAGGGCGUAUAGUUGCAUUUUUCGUAACUGCUCCUGGUUAGGUUUAAUAAAAUUCCACUCGAGAUUGACAUGUACAUCUACAAAACUCAUCUACAAACUCAUCUACACAACUCAUCUACAAACUCAUCUACAAACUCAUCUACACAACUCAUCUACAAACUCAUCUACACAACUCAUCUACACAACUCAUCUACACAACUCAUCUACAAACUCAUCUACACAACUCAUCUACACAACUCAUCUACACAACCUGCAGGUUCGAUUCCUGUCAGAGGGCGUAUAGUUGCAUUUUUCGUAACUGCUCCUGGUUAGGUUUAAUAAAAUUCCACUCGAGAUUGACAUGCACAUCUACAAAACUCAUCUACAAACUCAUCUACACAACUCAUCUACACAACUCAUCUACAAACUCAUCUACACAACUCAUCUACACAACUCAUCUACAAACUCAUCUACAAACUCAUCUACACAACUCAUCUACAAAACUCAUCUACAAACUCAUCUACACAACUCAUCUACAAACUCAUCUACACAACUCAUCUACACAACUCAUCUACACAACUCAUCUACAAACUCAUCUACACAACUCAUCUACACAACUCAUCUACACAACUCAUCUACACAACUCAUCUACACAACUCAUCUACACAACUCAUCUACAAACUCAUCUACACAACUCAUCUACACAACUCAUCUACACAACUCAUCUACACAACUCAUCUACAAAACUCAUCUACAAACUCAUCUACAAAACUCAUCUACAAACUCAUCUAGCGGGACAUGUCUAUCAUUUGGUUUCGUUUCGUUUCUCAAGGUGCCAACGUUGCUGUUGACGAAGUGUUGAAUACGUUUGUCUUAGAUUACGAUCUUGUGAAUAAGAGGCUUGAUUUGACGGUUGACUCAAACCUUGUCAGGAAACGCAAGGAAAUCAAGUCUAAGAACAAAAAGAAGGUAAUGAAUCGGGAUUAAACGUGGAAAAAUUAAACAAAAUGUAGUGUUCCCCACGUUCCUCGGUUGCCAAAAUUUUACCGCCCUUUUCUUCAGUGCUGCAAAUCUCUAAGCUUGGGAAUUAGCAAAAAAUCAGGCCCUGUAAUCUCUCAAGUAAUAUCAGCAAUCAUUUGGCGGUUGCUCCCAAUCCCCAUCGCCCCUAGUAUCUGCCAUUUUGCAUGCUGCAACAUUUCUUGUGACCAACUACUGUAACUACACUUUUGCAGUUGAAUAUCGGCGAGGUUGUGUCAGCGGUCGUACAGACCAUUCACAGGGAAUACUUGGUGGUAAUUUUACCCAGCCAUGGACUACGACUUGCCUAUGUUCCAGUCAAAGAGGUAGGAAGACAUUAUUUUGAACAGCUCUUUGAUUUUCACUUGUCCGUUGGAAUAAUCUGCGUGUAUUUUGUUCAUCAGACUUUAAACGAUGUUCGGGAUCCUACCAGUCGCUUUAAAAUUGGCCAAACCUGCGAGGCCACUGUUCAGAAGUAAGUGAUAGAGACUCGUGUCCAUGCAUGCCAUGCAGCAUAUAAAGAUUCAUAUGAUGUGAGCUACCUACCUUAUUGUGAUGUAAUAACUGGUCCAAUAGACCUUUCCCCUUAUAACCAAAAUUUUGAUCUAGGCAAGUCUAGACAAAUAUUUCAUCACAGCUUGAAAGAGCAUCACAAAAUUAGUAAUAUUCCAAAGUUUCGUUGCGAAAUGUUGUAAAAUGAGGAAAAUAGAGCCUUGCAAAGUUUGCAAUUUUCAGUCAUUUUGCAUUACAAACGGGAAAUUGCGUCCCCAACACCCGAAUCGGAUGUCAAUUUCCCGUUUGUAAUACAAAAUGACUGAAAAACGGCAAACUUUGCAAGGCUGUAUAAACACAAGACAAAUUAUCCAGACGAACUAACUGCAAUAGCGCUUAAAAACAUUACUACUGUGUUGUAGUGAUGUCAUAGACUUGAGUGACAGAUAUAGUCAUGUGACAUGAGAGCACAUGGAAUCAUUAGUAUUAGUAUUUGUAGCGUGCAGUUGAUAUUAGAAAUAAACGUAUGUAAAAGAGAAUACAAAUAUUAAAUGUGUCUCAUUUCACUCCUCACGUUGCCGUCUACUUUCCUCGUGCAGUUUGCCACCCAAAAAUGGCAGCUAAGGCCUGGUCGCAUGGCGUAGGAAAUGCUAGGGAUUACGUGCGUAGGUGUUGGUUUUAACCUGCCGCAUUUUAUGUUAUUUAUAGAUAUGUACGCUCAAAAUUAGACAAACGUGAAUAUUUGAUCCUAUCUGUGGAUGUCAAUGAAGAAAGUACAGAGAACGUCAAACCAGGAGCUAUUCUCAACGCUUUGUAAGUAUCGUAACUGAACUUGUUGUCGUCGAAAGCAAUUAAAAAACUUGGUAGGUUGGAGGCGAAAUUAUAAUAACUGAAAAUCACUGCAAAUAUUGCAUAUUGCAGGAAUCAAAACCAAACGGUGAAAGCCACAUACACUACCCAACCAAAGCCUCCAGAGUCAACACCCCACCCCCGGUUCCACCGGUUUACAUUCCUUAAUUUCUCCACAGGCCCAGACCCCAGAAGACCCCCAUGUAGCCUGCGCCUAAACCAACCAUGUAUUUUUUAAGGAUCACUUCCAUCAAAGGUGUACAGAUAAAUGUACAGUUUUGUGGAAAGAAAUACAAAGGCAGAGUUUGUAUCACAGAGAUAUCCGAUGAUGUAACUGAGGUAAAUAUUACAUGAAGUAGUGUUUUGUUUUUAAGUUAAGGUGGUACCCUGUCGUUUCACCAUUUGCGACAGAGCUGCCCAGUAUCAAGGACUGGGGCAUAUUGCCUCUGGCUCUUGAGCUACGUCUUUUCUAGAUGUUUAAUAUUUAUUUUUUUAUGUUUUUCAGGGGGACAACCCACUGGCUGUGUACUCUCGCGGUGAGAAAAUACAAGUAAAGGUCCUGGGAUUUCGAGAUUCAGUAAAACACAAGUAAAAAUUUAUUAUAUUCUACGACGUUUUCUUCGGUGGAUAGAUUUUGUGAAGAAAGAUUUAAAUAAUAUACCAUCAAUAAGGAUCUUAAAUCGUGGACAAUCACUGGUUACGAUAUGGAGGGCUGAUGAUCCUUGAAAAGAUAUCAGGAUGAUGAUAGUGUCUGUUAAUGUGUGUGGAAAUAUUUAUGUAGUGCUUUGCUUACAUUCCUGUAUUUUUUUCUAGUUUUCUGCCAAUCACGCAUCGUAAUUUUGCAAAGGCCUAUGCUGAAUUAUCUGCAAGACCAAGGUAAAAUUUUCUUGGUAACCUAAACUAAAGUGGUUUUGAAUUGUUCUAAAUUGUCCUCCCUAUAGGUCUAGUAAAGGUCGGGCUUUAUUGGUCCAAUGUUACUACAGGAGGAGACCGAUGCGGUCACAAAGGAUUCAAAAUGCAGAUGAGUUAACUGCACAUUGUGCCGCCCACAUCCCACUAAGUAAUAUGUAAACAUACUUUUGACUGGACAUUUUAAUUUAAUAGUAAUAUCCCAGAAGAUUAAUGGGAUAUUUAUUUCUGUUUUCUUUGCAGUCGGCUGCGUGAAGAUGAGGACGAUAACAAUAACGAGAGAAAAUCGUUUGAGAAGAAACUGGAAGAUUAUAAGGAAGGAGAGAAAAUUUUCUGUUUUGUCAAAACAGUAAGUUCUCUUGUAUACAAUCCCAGUGCUAUCCAAUUUACAACGACCAAAAACAUUCUUUUUCUGUAUGUAGGUUCGUGACUAUGAUAUAUGGAUGGUGGUAUCAACAUCUCUUAAUGGCAGAGUGACUCUUGUUGACGUCUCUACAGAUAUAGAGGUACAGAAAUCUUGCUUUAAAUCACUGCAUAUGCCGGUUGUCAUGCAAAAAACAAAUAUCCCUGAUACUGACAGGGCUGCAUUCAAUUUGGCCAUGACGGUCUCGAAGAUAUAUGUAAAGAUGGCCAGUGUAAAAUUGUGUCGUGAAAUCUCCGUAAUCAAUAAAGACUGAUUUGCAUAAUGUACGGUAUACAGAUCAGUCUUUAAAGGUAAAAUAGAUCCAGGCUAUUUCACAUCUGUGACAAUGACUUCGCCGUAACCUCUGCGACUACAGCUAAUUCAAAAAAGGUUGUCCUUUGCAAACCUUCAUCAUCUCUAAACCUUAAACCUUAAUUAAGCUUUGCGCUCUUAGAGUUUAAGGUUUGCAAAGGACAACCUUAUUCACCUAGAUGAUGAGCCCUGUUGUUGUUUAAUUAUCUAACCACGUCUUUGAUAAACUCAUUAGUUGCACACGUAUUUAUUCCUUUUGAAUUCAAGGUAUUAAAAGAUAUGUCGAGUCACUUCAAAGUUGGUUCAGGUCAUCAGUGUACUGUGUUGAAAGUCAACCAAGAACAGAAAUCUCUUGAUCUUUCCAUGUCAGGCACGUUAAUUUCACAUGCAUGAGCAGCCCAACAUUAAUGUUACAAUCUUUUAAUUCCCAAAGUAUACAAAAAAUAAGUUCUAUUAUAUGUAAUAAUAAUAAUAAUAAUAAUAAUAAUAACCAUAAUAAUAAUAUCCAUUAAUAUCCAAUUGGAAAAGCCUUAUGACGAGAUGGAUUGUUUAUAAUUAGCCGUUACGUUUGAGUUUUCUUUAUUUAUUUAACUGUAUUUAGAUUGCGAGAUUACGAAAGGCAACAUUGUCCCGGGGAAAAUCACAAAAAUGUUACCUCGUAAAGGUCUCGCUGUCCAGUUACCCCACAAGAAACACGGUACAGUGUUUCUAACAGAUAUCCGCGAUGACUUUAAGGAAAACCCAGCAGAAGACUACCAAGUGAAUCAAGUUGUCAGGUCGGUAUUCAUUUCUGUAAAGAUCAUUGCCAUGGUUUUAAAUUACACCGAAAUUGGCAUACUUUAUAGCCAGGAUUGGGAAGGAAUACAUCCGUUUUAACCAGUGAGCUUGGUAGAAAACUUUGACCCCAAAACUUAGGAUCCAAGAAACAAAAAAUAUCAUUUCCUGCUAUUAUGGUCCAACAUUUUCAAGAGGAUGCUGAUAAGCUUGUGAUAGUUCUUAUUCACGUAUUUAUUGAUUUAUAGUUGUUAUGUUCUGGCUGUGAACGAUAAUGGGCACACUGAUCUCUCAACCAGAGCUUCAAAGACUGAAGGAGUUACUAGCGAAGGUCGGUAAAGCAUUCCCUUGCUACCAAAAUAAACCUCUUUGCCAUAUCUUUGUGCCAUCAUAUAUAUAGAUGCUGCCUUGCUAUUGUACUACCCAGCGUGCGGUAGUUGGGUUUCACUAAAGCCCCAGUGAAACGCGGAUGAGAGUUGAUGAGGGUUUCCAGUACACGCGCAGUGAUAUCCAGUCAACUCUCAUCGACUCUGAUUCAUGUAACUCUUGUCAUCGUUUGCCCGGGAGUUGAGAAAACUCUCACGAAAAUUCUCGUUAUCAUGCAGUAGAUGACAACUGAUUAUAUACAGUAGUCUCGUAUUGCAAGGAAAAUAUUGUUUCGUAGCACUUACUGAAGCCUACUAAUCGGAUGGUUCCAUUACAAUUCGUUUUUUCUUACCCACUUGCAGAGAAAUCUGACAAAGAUAUUCAGAGUUUUAAUGACAUUGAAGAGGGGAACAUUGUGAGAGGCUACGUCAAGGCUGUUACCGAUGUUGGAGUUUUUGUCAGGUAGAUUAUAUUUACAAUAUCGUAUAUGGUCCAACAGGCAUCCAGCCUGAAAUUCGGUUGGCACAUGUGCGCAGGAUUCACAUGGUAGUUUGAUCCUGCAAUUCCUCAAGUAUACACUAUUAUAUUUGGUUUUAUAUAGUCUUUCAAGGAGUAUUGUUGCGCGAGUACAAAUAAAAAAUCUAUCGCAUUAUUUUGUGAAGAAUUGGAAACCACUUUUUCCUCUUGGAAAACUUGUGAAAGGAAAAGUUUUAAGGUAAAUUAUGUCAGGGAUGGAUCCAGCAUGAUCUGGUGGGGUACUCUGGUGCCGACUGCCGAGUUGUGUCGGUCAUUUGUGCCGCCCGCCCAUCAACUACUGUAUUUGAAUUGUAAUUGUUGUUCACAGUUCACUUAUCCUCAUGUUAUUACUCAAAUUACUGUAUCUCAUUUUGUCUUUUUUUUCUUUAUCAUGAAAAUAGCACCCCCCCCCCUGCGCCACCUCUGGCCAGGGCUAGGGAGGGGGGGGGGUGCGCACCCCGCACUCCUCCCCAGUAAAUCCAUCCCUGAAUUAUGUUCUGUUCUAGAGACCUUAGAAAUUCUAAAUUUCUCCGGGGGAUCAUGUCCCCGAACUCCUCUAUAGGGAUUUAUGUUUGUUUGUUGGAUCUACACACGGCAACCAUGUUAGGCAAUAGUUAUAGCGUUUGUAUUUCUAUAUUGUUUCUUUCGUAGUAUCGACCCGAACAACAACCAGAUCGAGCUUUCUCUGAAAGGCAAGGAUGUAGGAGACAAGGAUCCUGCUCCCAAACCCGAGAGACGCGAGAAGAAGAAAUUAACAAAUGGUAAACGACAACAUGGUGAGGAUGAUGAUGGCCGCCAUUCUGAGAGCGAGGAUGAAGGAGAGAAAAUUUUAAAGAAGCUUCGAAAAGGUUUGUUUAACUUUAGGUUGUAUGAAGGCUGGAACCGCUGGAUAGUGCUAUAUCCACCAUAUAUUAAUUUUUAAGUCUAUGCCUGAAAAACGGUGAAACUAAAGACAUUAAUUGGUAACUGCUAAACUGUAAUCUGGAUUAUAAUGAUCAACUGUCCUUUUUAGAAAGCUUGAAAAAUUCACUAUCCGGUAAAUUCAUCAGUCCCCCUUGUAUUUUUUUACUUGUUCGAUCAAGGAGAUGAUGAUGAAGAUGACGAGCAAAGUAUUGACGAAACUUUGGCCGAAAAGAAGUCCUCCAAUGAUCCUUCAGAAGAUAACGAUACCGAGGUUUGUCUAUUUUCCUAUUUUAGUUAGUAUUAAUAAGGCCUGUUUCAAACGUCGCGCUUCUCAUGUGCCGAACGCAUUAAAAACAAUAGAUAAUCAGCUGAACUGCCUCAUUAUUUAUUGUUUCUAAUGCAUUCGGCACAUGAGAAGCGCGACGUUUGAAACAGGCCUUACUGAUAUGGACAAUACCCUGGGAAGUAGUAUGUCACGUUGGCUAUAAAGACUCACAAAAGUCUUGGCUUUAGAGACUUCUAUCUUCUUACUUUUGACGUAUUUAUGUAAACCUCUUUCAGAUUAUCUAUGGCCAAGCAAGGAUAAUAAAAUAAAUGAAUAGGAAACUAGCUGACAUGACCUAAUGUUUUCAAUGGGCUGAUGGCGUGGUUGGAUGUCCAAACCUAGUUGCAAACCAAUUCUCAAAAACGGCAUGUUUAGCAAUAAUACAGCUAAACAUUUUAGUCAAAGAGCAAGUAAAUAUUACCACGCCAUUCUACGAUGAAAACUCUAAGUAUUCCCAGUCAAUUUUAGCAAAUAUUUCAAGCACUAAACAGUGAAAAAUACAUCGCAAAUUUCGUUAAAAUUUGUGACGCCAAUUUCGUAGCUAUAAAUGUAAAAAAAUACAAAACAAAGACGAAAAACAUUUACCUUGAAUACUUUGUCGUGGCUUAGGCAUGUUUUUAAAACAAUUAGACCAGUUUAUGCUUCAAUAUCACCCUUUUUAAAGUGGAAAAUAUAGCAAAACAACAAAAAUGCCGAGAACUUUGGUAAUAUUCGCAAUACGCGUGACGUCACGUUUUUCAACAAGGAUGAGUGAUGACGUCAGGAAGUUUCCUAUCCAGUUAUUUUACAAUGCAUGGGCCAAGGAAGGCUGUAAUGUAUGGAUAUGUACAUACAGGUGUAUACUAAUCUAGUAUUUCUUUGAACAAUAGGAAGAUGAUAAUGUAGAAGAAAAGCCAACAUUAAAGGUUUUGCUUACUUAUGUAUUUUUUACUAAUUUAAGUCGUCAUGAUGGUUCGAGUGGAACUUUUAUACAUUUAUACAUGGAUUUUUUUCAUUUAUACAUUUGUAAUUUUUACACAUUUAAACACUGUAUAAUAGAAGUAAGUUUCGCUCCUAGAUUCCUGGAGGGUUUAACUGGCACUCUGUGGAGAACGACGGUGAUGGAGGACAAGCCGAAGAUAGAACGGCAAAUACCGACGAUGACACGAGCGGAGACGAAGAAAAUACUCAGGUCAAAUAACUGAAUAAAUUAUUUCGUUUACACAACGGUGGGGACAAGGUGGAGGGGGGAGCUAGGAGGGAGGUUGAAUCUACAAUAUCGUCCUUCAUAGGACGAUGCUCGACCAAAUAAGCAAUAAAAUGGUGGAUUUCAUAUAUUUAAUAGUCGUUGUGACUUCAUGUGCAAAAAUGUCGCUGUCGUAGUGUACAAGGUAUGGUUUCAAUAAUAUUGUCUUUUUUUCACAGGUUGCGAGAAAGAAGUCAAAACGAGCAAAAAGAGCUGCCAAAAAAGCGGAAGAAGAGUUCUUAUACAAGGUUUGAAAACGUUUACACAUUUAUGUGUUCGCGUGUUUCUCGGAAAUUUUCUCUUUGUUCCCUUGUUUUCCAUAAAGAUUUCCCCAUGUUCCACUGACCACUGUUCUCCAAGCUUACAUGUUUCAUUGUUCCCUUGUUUCCUAGAAACCCAUGGGAAACCCUCACUGCAUAAACUCUUGUCUUCUUUACAGUUCAAAAAACUCCAUACUUAUUGGUAAUGUUUGCGGAUAAAUUAUCUGUAUUAGUUAAUUGAGUUUCACAUCAUUUCUCUAGACCGAACAAGCUCUUCUUAAUAAAGACCAAGGUCCACAAACCGCUGAAGACUUUGAUCGCAUUCUUCUCUCAACUCCAAAUGAUUCGUUGCUAUGGCUACAAUACAUGGCGUAUUACCUUCAUUUGACUGAAAUAGACAAAGCAAGAGCCGUCGCUGAACGGGCACUCAAAUCUAUAUCAUUUAGGUAAUAGACAAUUCCCAUUACAGACUAAUUUUAAAUCACCACAGCUAGAAAGAACGUACUAAAAUGAGUAAAAUGCAAGAUUUGGUCGCGAAAUGUUGUAAAAUGCGGAAAACAUAGCCUUGCAAAGUUCGCAAAUUUUGUAUACUUUUGUAUUGCGUGCGGAAAUUGCCAACCAUGGCCACAUUUGGGCCGAAAAUGGUUUGAAAUGAGAUAUUAAGGUAUCCUUGAUUCUAUUGUGGGGUGCGGCUGUCAGUAAACUUUUGAUAUAGUAAGUAAAAUCUAGUGCAAAGUGGCCACUAUUGAACACACGAGAAUUCAUCACUAGGUUUAUUAUUUAACUGGAAUGUGGCUUAACUUUCUUUUAAUGUCUUUUAGAGAGGAGUCAGAGAAAUUCAAUGUUUGGAUUGCGUUCUUGAACUUGGAGAACUCGUACGGUACCCAGGAUUCUCUAGUGAAAGUUUUUCAGAGAGCCUUGGAACAGAAUGAGCCCAAGCAAGUAUUUAAACAAUUGGUUAAUAUUUACGUUGGCUCAAAUAAAUUUGAGGCAAGUAUAUACUACUUUGAAAAUUAUACUAUAAUUUAUACUUUACUUUGAAUUUAAUAUAUAUGCUAUUGAAAUAACUGUAGAUAACUUUAUUGUAUAUUUCAUGGACGGAAUUUUAGAUUAUGCUCUGGGGGAGAGUAAUAGAAAAACUAAUAGCUAAAUUGCCUUAUGCCUGGUGUAAAUAUGCAAUUUCUUCGCUUCUAGCAAGCUGAACAGUUACACCAGACGAUGAUCAAACGCUUUAAAUCCAGUAAGAAAGUGUGGAUUGAUUAUGCUACUUACCUAAUGGAACGUGGAGAGCUGGACUCUGCCAGGAAUUUACUUCAGCGAAGUUUCAAAAGUUUGGAAAAACGAAAACGUAAGCUAGCCCCAAAAGAGCUUAUGACAUUUAUUGUUUAUUAUUGAUCAGACGCUCUUUGUAUUGUAGUAUUGUUAUUGUAACCAGCUUUAGACUACCCUACUGUAGUCGGGUUCAAUUUUGGUCAACUUUGGACGAAAACGGAAAGAGAAAUUAUUGUAUUGUAAGAUAUUAACAAAAAAAUUAUUUAUUCACUUGCAGAUAUCGAGACAAUAAGCAGAUUUGCAAUGCUAGAGUUCAAACACGGUGAACCAGAACGAGGCAAAACAUUACUGGACAAUGUUUUAAUAAGUUAUCCAAAAAGAACGGAUAUUUGGUCCAUGUAUGUUGAUGUUUUAGCAAAGAAUGAAGAUUUGGCGGCUGCGAGGUAGAAUUGUUUACUAGUUAAGAAAUAGUUUUUAUAGUUUAUCUCACUACCUCGGCAUAAAGUCCACUCGAAUCGGUUGCCUGUUUUUUCUCAUUAAAUUUUUGGGGUCCAUUGUCGGCAGUUUCUGCAAGAAGAUGCUAUGGUUUGUGUCUUACUACCUGCAGAAGCAACGUGAUUGAUUGACGACAAAAUGUGUGGCAAAAACCUGGGAACGAGGCAAAUUCGUUCCCAGGGUCUUCAUGAGAUCUGUGCACAGAAUAAGGUACACAGAAGGUCGACUCGAGUAACCGCUACCAGUCCUACCACGCGCACUGGCUGCGACCAUGGCGUCAGCAUUUUGAUGGCGAAUUACGGUUACGCCAAAAUCAUAGGAAAAACAAAGAAGUCGACCUUCUGUGUGACUUAUUCUGUGUCCUGGGGACGAGGUUGGGAACGGGGAUGGCUGAAACCGAUUUCAACAUUUUUUCGCUUUAAUUCUGUCGCUAACCAAUCAGAUUGCUUCUCUUUUUGCUUCGCGCGGAAAUUCGCUCACCACUAAACUGCGGUCGAGAGGACUUCUUAUAAAUCUUUUUCAUGUAGUUCAGAGUUUGAAUACGCGCUUACAUCUUUUUUUAACAUUUCUUUCCCACUUUUAGACGUCUUUUUGACAAAGCUCUGGCGUGCAAGUUAUCCUCAAAGAAGAUGAAAUUUAUUUUUAAAAAAUAUCUUGAAUUUGAAAAGAAACAUGGAGACGAAAGUACGGUUGAAAGUGUUAAGAAAAUGGCGGAGGAAUACGUACGAGACAAGGCCGUGUAAGGUUUGUUCACUUUAGCGUCUAUUAUGGUAUAUGAUUACCAUUACCAUGGUCUGAUGAACAAACUCGGGCAAAGUGACAGAGACUUGUCUAUAUAAACCGCGCAAUCGUCUAUAUAAACCACACAAUCGUCUAUAUAAACCGCGUAAUCGUCUAUAUAAACCGCGCAAAUCGUCUAUAUAAACCGCGCAAAUCGUCUAUAUAAACCGCGCAAAUCGUCUAUAUAAACCGCGCAAACAGGUGGAUCACCUGUCAUGACGAACUAUCUAUGUUACUCGUCAAGAGGAGAGCGCUGUGGACUCCUUAUAUACUGGAGUGAUGAUGUCAUCAUCCUACGACGUUGAGAUUAUGCUUUAAAUGCUUUUCGCCGUGGUGUUUGGUAUAAGUCAAUGAUUUCUUUGCAAAGCCAAAAAUACUGCCAUGCUAUCAGCUAAAUUAUGAAAAACAACAAAAUAAUUGGCAUAUUCACUCUUUAACAAUGGCCAUUUAAUUUUAAAAAAUUACACACCGACCAUUUUACAUGAGUUUAUAACCAGUAUAUCCCCAUUACGUCGUUACAAAAAUUUUUGAUAUUUUUGGAAACUGAAGCCUGCAGCCAAAUACAAUCUAUAGUGUUCUUUACAUGUUAUCACAUACAUAAUUAUUAUAUACAUUAUUGUACAAUAUACACACAGAUUACUACAUAGUAUAUAAGAAGCUAUGCUAAAGCAUAUUAUUGAUAUAUAGAUUAACCAAAUGUACCAAACCUUUAUCAGAACAAUUCAAUGUUAUUGCUCAGAUUUUUGAAUUCUUCAAAUCCAGUUAGAAACUUGUCAUGUGGGAAUAUGUAUAAACCAUAGGUAUACACACAUUGUUCCAAAUUUGUGACAUGUUGCCAUGGAACAAGCAUUGCGAAUAAAUCUUGAAAUCUGCUUAACCCAAAACAGCUUGUAUGAUGUUUGCAUCCAACAUUUUUGACAAUUGAUUAUCAUUGUCUAUUCAUAUCGAAAGUGCAAUGUUAUACUAUAAUAUAAACUACCAUUAGUGUUAUACAUUAUGUGAAUUAAUCACAAUUACUUAUACUAUAUGUACUGUCUUAAUUAAUAAUAGCUUUUGCAUAAUUAUAUGUAUUUCCUUUGGAAAUGUAAUCUGAACUAGUUACUAGUUAUGACAUAUUUAGACUACUUACAUGCCCACACACCAUAAUCCCAAUUUCUAUUCUAUAUUACAUGUUUAAGUUGAAUUAUACCAUUAACUAAUAUUGCUUGAACACAUGUGCAAGUUCCCCGGUUUAAGAAAUCAGUUAUAACUAGGAGGGCAUAAUUGGUAGCUACUGAGAAAAAACGUGCAUAGAUACCAAUCGUUGCUGCUCUCCUGGUUAUGGGCAGUGUGGCCUUCUAAAAGGUUCUGGGAAAAUAACACCUUAAAAGGCCCACUCUAUAAGUUUAUUUUCUUGUUCAGAUGUUUUAAUUGGGAGCCACCAGGAAAUCUCCUGUUGGGCCACUUGGCUCCUGCAUUCAUUUCUUUUUGGCCCAUUUUGCUGACAGUGAUUUUAGGUGUGAUUUUCAUCUUCUGUGUGGAUGAGGUAUGAAUGUUCAGAACAUCUAUAACUCAGAACAUUCAUAACUCAUCUACUCAUUCACAUGCAUCAGAGGAAAGUCCCACUAGAAAUUGGAGCAAAAAUUGCAAGGCCUUUAGAGGGAUCUUUAAAAUACUGGUGCAAUUAAGAGCUCGUCAUUAAAGGGUAAUGACUCACAUGAGCCGUGUGUUACAGCCAGAAUUGCACAUUGCACACAAGUUUCUGUUGUCAUUACUAUGCGCAGUGUAACACCUUUAAGUUUCCUGAGGCUUAAAGUAAUGUUAGUCCACCAGUUUUAUUGCCCCUGGCAACCUCUUGAAGUACUUCUCUUAUAAAUUCUGUUGUGUGGCCAGCAAUCUGUUGAGCUAAGAUUAAGAAAUAGUUUGUCAGUAUGUGUGGAUUUUUGUUGGUGUAGUAUAGUUGAAACUACCUAAAACAAAUUCCAUUAGUAACCUUGACAUCUGUACCAGAAUGUGUAAAACCUCUGUGCCAUACUCUUUUGAAACAUUAUUAAAAGUAAUUUCAUAACCUUUUUGUUUGGAUAGUGGAAUAAUCUUCACCAGUGUUAUGAUAGAAAAAACUAAUUCCAAUUUAAAUAAUACAUGCAUAAGAUACUAACCAAAAGCUUUUUUGGCCAUAUUUUUGAACUUUUCAUUCAAUUGAGUGCCAGGCUUUCUUGGAUAUUGUGCCCGAUUUACAAUUUCACUUUUCAUGUCCUUGAUUAUGAACAACAGAUUUUCUAUAAGGAAAGAAAGACAUACAAUAUAAGAAAGGCCAAGUUUCCCAAUCCAGGGCAAUCCCAGGUUGCAGCACAAUGUAAUAUUGUGUUACAAGUUGCAUAAUAUGGGCUUGACUUGAUAUAACCAUAUAAAUUAACAUAAUAUAAUUAUUACAUAAUUACAUUAGUUGAAUGGUUAACCCAUUAAUGGGCAAGACUCUCCCCUUGAUCGCUGACAAAUAAAAUCCUCUGGUGUUAGACAGAGUAAACAACAAAGUAGGGCACAUUUGGGUGCAUUGCAGCUUAAAUGGAUUAAAACUUGCAAAAACUUACCCUUGUAAUCAGGUUUACUUAAUUUAAGUUCAUGUCAAUCUAGCAAUAAUUACCGUACAAUACAUUUGACUAAACAAACCUUGUUCACUUUGGAGGCCAUGUAAUUUGACUUUAUUGGCUUCAUGUUGUUGCUUUUUCUUCAGUCGACAAGCUCUGAAAUUGUGAACAGAGUAUGAAACAAUCAUCAAGACUUUUGGGCAUCUUGUUCAAUGGAACUAACAUAGCCAUAAUUAAUAGAGAGGUCCAGAUUUGACUUCCACAAUGGGAUAAUUAACCAAUCAGAUGCGUUUGAUAUAUUAUCUGAUUAACCAAUCAGAUGGGUACCAAGUCAAUGAGAGGUAGUGUAGCGAUAAUGGAAGUGAAAUCCGAACCUCUCUAUUAAUAGAAAUUUCUCUAUUGUUUUGCAGUGAUUGACUUUAGUGUCUUGUGAAACGUGGGCUGCAAGAUGAUCCGACGAAUGUGGGUGUCUGGAGUUUUAAUGUACACAGUUCUGUACUGCAGUACAAAAUUGUAUGAAAUAUUUCAGUUCUCGAGUGCAAAUAUUUCAGUAUCUCUCAGCUCUCUGUUAUGUUACCAAGGCUAUGAAAAAAGGACUGAGCCAUUGUCAUGGAAAAAAGCUUUUUAUUCUCAAAGACCUAUUGUGUGCAAAAUUGCGAUAAACAAUUGCCCACUCAUACACGUAUGCCAUACAUCUUAAUUAUAGUCUGUAUUUUUUGACCCCAUACUGAUCAGGUACAUACAUAAAAUUGAUGUGUCAUGUGUGCAAAGUCAUUAAACCCACAGAUUGAGAUAAACAUGUAUUAAUUAAACAUAGCAAAUCUAUUAAUGUAUUAAAUAGGUAAAAGAGACCAAAUUGGUAACUGCCGUUGAUUUAUAGAAAUACAUGUCAACGCAAUAUCUGUUUUAAUAGAUUUUAGAUUGAAACUUUGUUUAAAUCCGCCCACUCACUUGAGCGUGCGAGCUAAUGAAAGAAAACGUUUGGGUAUGUUCAAUCUAUAUUCCUAUUAACCAUUAUGGUUCAAUGGAAUUAUAUUUUGUGAAGAUAGGGGAAUUUCAGUUAAUUUAUGACAGUUAAAAAUAAGCAGAAGUUUAACACCAAAUGUAGGGAAUGAUUUAAUAUAAACAGUGUUACGUAACUAUUUACAAUUACUUCCUAGAUUAUAAGCAAGAGGUUGAAAUACCACUUGAUGAUUUAAUAGUUUUAACUUUUAUUAUUUUUCUUUCAAAUACUGCACGCAAAUGCUACGAAUGGAAAUUUGUAAAACUGGUCCAAAUUAGUUGACACAAUAAUUUGAGAAACAUAUUGAUCUCAAAGAAAUUAAAAAAGACAAACAGGAAAGGCGGUCACGGAACACAGUUUUGAAACUGUUGAACACUGCAAAGUCGGUGAAAAAGAUACAGCGAGAGCGCAGCGACGUCUCGAACUGCAAAUUACUGUAAACAAAUCAAAAUUUCAUUACUUCAUGGGUUUCCCCUAAACCUUUUCAGCCUUUUCCAGCUGUUUUAAGCAGGUGUUCCUGCACCAAUGCAGAACCACAGUUCUAUAAACAAACACGUUGGCAUGUUUUUCAUGUUGUAAUUUUGGCAUAUUAAAUACAUAUGCACCGUGAUAUUUAUCUGCUGACCAUGCUACACGAGUCACGAAUAAAUAUUUCUUUAAUUUUCGAAUGCUCUAGAAAGUAUACUCUGACUAUAACCAGACGGGAAAAUUUUUCGCGGGAAAAUUUUGCGGGAAAACUAUAUUGAGGUACAAAAUCGUGGUAAGAAACGAUUACUGUGACUAUUUUGUACAGAAUAUUUGUACUUUCAUAAAAUAUCAUAUUUAAAUUUGCUUUAGUAUUGCUACAUAUUGACUUUGAUUCGUGGCCAUUCAAUGCAGUUUUAAAUCGUUCUUUUUUAUAUUAAUUAAUAUAUGUAAUUUACAAUCCCGAAAAUGUAGCAAUUUCCGUUGUUAGAAUCUAUUAAUUUCGUUCGUUUGUUUUUGUAGCCUGAUAAAGUAGCUAUUACUAGUAUUUUUGGCUUGUUAUUGCCUCUACAAAUUUGGAUAGGAACUAUUAGGAAAAAAACCUUGCUAAAAGUAGAGUUAACUACAUCCGGUUCAGCUCUAUAGAGUGUAGUCAAGGUCGGAAAUAAUGGUUUGAAAACAUCCCAUAUUUACAUACCUUGAAGCAAGCUUAUUUUUCUCCCUUCUCGAUCGCCCUCGAGAAUGUUGAGGCACUUCAUUGAUCGGUUUGAGACAACUUAUAAUUUUGUUCAAUCUGUCCAACUCCCGGCCUAUGCUUAGUAACUUUGUCGGAUUAGGUACCAUGUCCUCGCUUUCGCUUUUUCGUCCCUUCCUCCGAGCUGGUGUUUUGCCUUCUUUUUGAAAAGGACAGUAUUCUUCCUCAAUAUCUUCGGCUUCGCUGUCCAUCUCAUCAUCUUCAUCACUUUCAUCGCAAUUUUCGCUCUGGUAUGCGUUCGAAGCCGCACGAUUUACUACCUGCUCAUGCGAAGCAGAUGUUUCAGAUUCUUGUUGUUGUGAUAGUUGAGAAUUCGAAGCGGUCUCUGCAGGAUAACCUGGGCUAGUUAUCUCCGUUCUCUGAGCUGUAUAACUAGUCCCAAACUGUGGUGUAAUAUAUUGCUGUUGAAUGCUCUGUGUUUGGUAGAAAUUUUCAAACGGUUUUCUGUCUUGGAACAAGGGUUUUCUGUCUUGCGGGGAAGGGGGAGAUAGGCAGACGCUUUGAUGAGCCAGUUUCAUAUCCCUCUUGGGUAUGGGUAUGCUUUUAGAUCUAGUGACAGUCGUUGACACGGCUGUACUGCAGUUGCUAUAGCUCGGCAUGUGUUGUUCAUGAUAUACACUAGCCGUUUGCUGGGUUUUCAGUUGUCGUUCUAACACAGAACAGCUUUGUGUUUUGGAUGUACUCUCGCACAUCGGCUCUUCAUCUGUAUCGGCUACUGUUAAAAUCGCCACCUGAUGAAGUCGUUUCAUUUCGGGGUUUAUAAGCGGGGAACGUGAUCUAGUAUCAUUUAGUUCUGCUAAAGUUGGCCCGCUCUUGUUGCCAUCAAAUUCACGCGGACAUAUUGUAUCAGAUUCCAGAUCCAACAGCAAGUUUUCCUCUUCAGUAUUGCCAGGCUGUUCACAGCAUGAUUGUUCUCCAAGGAUAUUCGUUGGAAAGCAAAAGAACCCUUGUUCCAUUUCAAUUAUAUCUUCUGGAGGUGGUGUUAAUCUUCCAAAGAUAUCGCCCUCCCAAGCAGGCUAAAAAUUAAGAAAAAAUCCUGUGUUAAACUACACUUAU